AUGCACCUCCUCCGCCUUCUCCUCACAGCCUUGAGCCUGUUGCAGACAACCUCCGCAGCAACCUUCACCAACCCACUCCGUGCCCGCGACGGUUCCGACCCCCACAUCGUCCACCAUGACGGCUUCUACUACCUCACGACAACAACGUGGACUGACCUCCGCCUCACUCGCGCCAAAACUCUCGAAGGCCUCAAGACGGGAGAGACAAAAGUCGUCUGGACCGACGCCAACGCGGCACGGUGCUGCAACGUCUGGGCGCCGGAGCUGCACAGGGUUGAUGGGGUGUGGUAUAUCUACUACACGGCUGGCAAUCGGCAGAAUCUCGACGGGCAGCGGUCUCAUGUUGUGAGGAGGGGUGCACAUCCGUGGGAUGGUCAGUAUUCCUAUGCUGGACAGGUCACUCCUGACUGGGGGAUCGACGGGACGGUGUUGACGAUUGGAGGGAAGAAUUAUUUCAUCUGGUCGUGUCUACCCCGCCCGCGAUGGCAGAGUUUAUAUAUCGCGGCUAUGACGUCGCCUACUAAGAUUCCGGCAGGGUGGAAGCUCUUGUCCGAGCCGGAGCUGGCGUGGGAGAGGGUGGGUAGUCCGGUGAAUGAGGGGGCUACGGCGUUGUAUAACGGGACGAGGGUGUGGGUGGGUUACAGUGGGAGCUAUUGCUGGACAGAUAGUUACCAACUGGGAUUGUUGAGGUAUAAGGGGACGGGGAACCCGACGGAGAAGGGGAAUUGGGAGAAGGGGAGUGAGCCAGCUUUUAGUUCAAGUGAGGGGAAUUGGGGAACUGGGCAUAAUGCUCCGGAUGGGAGGGAGACUUGGAAUGUUUACCAUGCUACGACGGUGAGGACGGGGAAUUGUGAUGGGAAUCGGUAUACGGCUGCGAAGAGGGUUGAGUGGAGGGCGGACGGGACGCCGGAUCUGGGAAGAGCAGAGAGGACGGGGACCAGGUUGCUGGGGCCUUCGGGGGAGUGA